AUGGAAACCGUUAAACCCAAAUCAGCAAUCAAUAGUAGGAGCAAGAAAUUGGCCAAGAAAUUCCAGAAGGUGAUUAGCCUCCGAAGUGCAACAAAAAUUGGUUCAAACAAUGGCAUUUGCAUGCUCAACUCUCACCUCAAAGUCAAGGAAGAUCCUUUCACUGAUCAUCAGAUGAAAACCCAUCAAUCUAAUGGCAAGCAUGAAGACAACAAGGCUAGAAACAGAGCAGUUAUGGAGGCUCUAAUUGCAAGGCUCUUUGCUGGGGUUACUACUAUCAAAGCAGCAUAUGCAGAGCUUCAAAUGGCUCAGCGUCCUUACAACAAUGAGUCAAUUCAAAUGGCUGAUCAAGCAGUGGUGGAUGAACUGAGAGCUGUCUCAGAAUUUAAGCGCAGGUUCUUGAAGAAAGAGCUUGAUCUUUCACCCCAAGUCACCGUGAUGCUUGCAGAGAUUCAAGAACAGCAGGGCCUAAUGAAGACCUACGAAAUCACCAUCAAAAAGCUCGAAGCCGAGGUUGAUGUCAAGGACAAUGACAUCUCAUCACUCAGGAAACACCUUGAUGAUUGCAUUGCCUUCAACAAAUCACUUGAAAAGAAGCUAAACUCAAGUGGGUCUUUGUCACAGUUCGACAACCUUAGACUCUCAGUGUUAAAUCCAACCCAUUUUGUCCAUUUUCUUCACCACACGUUGAGAUCAAUGAGGAGUUUCGUGAAGCUUAUGAUCAAAGAAAUGGAGUCUGCUCAUUGGGAUCUUGAAGCAGCUGUCAAAUUCAUCCACCCAAAUGCAGUUUUCACCAAACCAAGUCACCGUUGCUUUGCAUUUGAAUCCUUCGUCUGCAUAACAAUGUUUGAAGGGUUCAACUACCCAAAUUUCAGUAUUCAAGAUGACCCUCUUGAGAAACGCCGCCAUGACAAAAAUGUCUACUUUGACAAAUUCAAAAAGCUUAAAUCUUUGAACCCAAAACAGUACUUAUCCCACAAUCCAAACUCAUCCUUCUCCAGGUUCCUAAAAUCCAAGUAUCUUCAAGUGGUCCAUGCCAAAAUGGAGUGCUCCUUGUUUGGGAACUUGAACCAGAGGAAGCUAGUGAAUUCUGGGGGAUACCCGGAUUCUGCUUUCUUCAUAGCGUUUGCAGAGAUGGCCAAGCGUGUGUGGGCACUGCAUUGUUUAGCAUUGUCAUUUGAGGAAGAUGUCACCAUUUUUCAGGUUAAGAAGAACACUAGGUUUUCUGAGGUGUACAUGGAAUGUGUCACAGAAGAACCACUUUCAACUUCAGGGGAAUCCAGUGAUUCCAAUUCCGGCGAGCUUAAGGUGGCUUUCACGGUGGUUCCAGGUUUCAAAAUCGGUAAGACAGUGUUACAGAGUCAGGUUUACCUGUCUUUGGUGGGUUCUCCGGCGAGUUGCUAA